AUGCGACACUCCAAAAGAACAAAGUUAUCUGUUGAAGACAUUAAUUCAGCUUUACGAGUGAAAAAUGUGGAGCCUCUUUAUGGAUAUACUUGCGGCGAAACACCAAAAUUUAAAAAAACAGUAGUGAACAAUAACGACAUUUACUUUGAUGACGAUGAGGAAGUUGAUUUCGACACAAUUUUGAACAGGCCUUUGCCAAAAAUUCCUUUGGAUGUCACAUUUACAGCACAUUGGCUUGCCAUUGAAGGCGUUCAACCUGCCAUUCCUCAAAACCCCACACCAAGUGAUGCGAAGGCAGAACUUCUAUCCAAACGCAACAAAAGUCAUAGCACAUCAAACGGUAUUACAAGUGAUCAAGUUAAUGUUAAACCACUUGUUAAACAUGUCUUAUCCAAAGAAUUACAAAUGUAUUUCGAAAGAAUUACUGAAGCAGUACUGAGCGAAGAUGAGCGUUUACGAUCCCAAGCGUUCGAAAGUUUGCGAUUAGAUCCAGGCCUUCAUCAACUUUUACCGUAUUUUGUUCAGCAUAUUCAUAAAAAGGUCACUCAAAAUCACAAGAAUUUGGACGUCUUGGAAGCAAUGUUGUCCAUGUCACAUUCAUUAUUGCACAAUAAGCAUCUGUUUAUCGAACCUUAUGUAAGUAUUGCCUUUGAUCCCUUUUACUCAAAUUGUAAGAGAAAUUGCUAA